AUGCGGAACCAGAUCUAUUUCAUGCUCUACGCAAGCACACCUGUGCGUGAACCUUCUGUUCAACGCCCGCACCAGACUCUUUCCCCGUUCACGAUCCCCAACGCCUCAAGCAGCAGUACGCGUGCACUUGCGCUCGUAGAGAAGCGGGCGGGAUGGGAGUAUGGGCCAUCGAUUGCUGGGAACACAGCGUUCUACCCGGCAGGCUCUUUAGGUGGUCCUGCCGCGAAGGAGAUGGCGGAUCGCUUUAGCGACUUCCAAGAUACAGUGUAUGCCAAUGUUGUCAACGAUUCUAGAAUAGCCGCAGCGUCUGUCGUAGCAGCGGGCGGGCUGAAUGCCAUAGACGACUACGCAAAGCUGUACAAAGGCCAGUGGAAGCACUCGGCGCCCAAAGGACCCUAUCCAGGCAUCUUGACAAACUACACAGACGACCUACUUUUCUCCAUGACCCAGCUGUCCGAAAAUCCAUACCGAAUCUCGCGCGUUCCCAAAGACGCACGACUUCCUUUCGCUGUCUCCAACGCGAAAGCAGUCGCUGGUCAAACAUUGCCAUCUCUCCAGGAGGCUGGUCGUCUGUUCCUGACCGACUUCCUCGACCAAGCAAAUCUGCGUAAGACUGCCGGCAAACAUGGCGCUGCUUGUCAGGCCUACUUCUACAUCCACCCAGCCUCUCAUGACUUCCUGCCGCUCGCCAUAAAACCGAAUGUAGAAGGCUCCGACCUCGUCUACACACCGCAGGACCUGCCGAACGACUGGUUAUUGGCGAAGAUGAUGUUCAACUUGAACAGCUUCUGGCAUGCACAGUGGUAUCAUCUUGCAGCUACCCAUGUGGUGGGCGAGAUUGUGUACCUGAGCGCUAUCCGAACACUGAGCGACGAACAUCCCAUCAUGGCCAUUCUCCAUCGACUAUUCAAGGACGCCUGGGCGUUCCGAGUUGUGGCUGUUCAACGCCUGCUCAACUCCGGUGGUCCCAUUGACCAACUGUUCCCCUGGGACGGUAGCGAAGCAGGAAACUACACCGAUACGCUAUACCAGUCGGGCGAGGCUAGCGCUUUCCAGUCCAACUAUUUCGAGCCCAAUCUGCAAAGACGCGGCUUGAUCGACUCCGCGUUCGGGCCCAAAAUCAAGACGUUUCCCUUCUACCAGGAUGCCUCCGCUAUCCAUGCCGCCGUCCGCCGUUUCAUGACCGUCUUCGUCCAGUCGUACUACCCAAAUGUGAGCAACAUUACCGGCGAUGUUGAGCUGCAGGCAUGGGUCAGGGAAGCCGAACCUGCCAGGAUUGUUGACUUCCCCUCUUCCAUCGAGAACCAGCGCGCUCUCGUCGAUGUUUUGACACACGUUGCGCACUUGGUAUCCAUUGUACACGGCACGCUCAACUCAAACGCCCUCGUCGGUGCCUCUGGCUCCCUCCCCUUCCACCCUUUCGCAUUCUACUCGCCCCUACCGACCUCCAAAGUAGCCCACGAUAUUAUGCCUUUCUUGCCACCGGUAGAAGCUUCUAUCAGCCAAAUCGCCUUGGCGGCAGACUUCAACCGCCCCAGUCUUGUCGACAGCAACCACACGAUCGUACACAUGUUUGACAACACAACGAUGCUGGCGAGGAUGCCCACCGGUGUGCAGAAGGCGGAAGCGGAUUUCCGAUCCGCGAUGGAGCGCUAUAGUACGGCUGUGAGGAGCAAGACUUUUGAUUUGGGUGGGCGGUGUGGAGGCAUGCCGUACUGCUGGUCAACACUAGAUCCACGAGCAGCGGCUUACUCGUUGACUGUCUAG